ACAUGUUUGUCAUAAAAUUCCUGUUUAUAAAAAGCGAUUACUGAAGAGUUUUUCUAAGAAUGGGGGAGCAAAAAAGAACAAGUCGCGGAAUUGAUCCGUCUAAAAUGAAAAUUUACACCGACUCGUACGAAAAGGAAAAUCGUCUUCGUCUCAAGUGGUUUAGGAGGAACGAAGAACGUUUGGUGGCGUAUACGGAGAAGCCCAACACCAAAACUGUUCCGCAAGAAUUAUUACACGAAGUUGCGAGUAAACGUAAGAUUAGUUAUCAGGAAGCAGAAAGACAUCCGAGAAUCCAUAUUGAUGAUGCUCCACCCCCUCUGGUCGAUCCAAACUCAAUGUACAGUACAAUGAAACCGGUCGAUCCCCAGAUAGCGAAACUAAUUUACACAGGAACCCAAAAGGACGGACGGAUAAAUUACCUACACGAACGCGUCAAAAUUAUACCCGAAGACAAAUAUUACUUUGCCGAGGUAACGAGUUGGCGAUACGGUUGGAACAUGUGGAAUAGUGCAAAUGUCGCAACGCCAGUUAGAUAUGGAAGAUGUCAAGUGAUCAAGGCCUCGUUUUAUCGAAGGAAUGGAGUUGCACGGGAUCCUGAUUGGUACCAAGAACCUGCAACUCUCAGCCCUUGCAUAUGUGACCGUUCAUAGCUUCGCACUCACUUUCGCAUCUUGUUGAACAUUCUUC